AUGGAAGCCGUCGAUAAUUCACGCCAUGAUCAAGAUCACCGCGCCGCUGCAGCGUUCAGUGUCGAGCUGGAGGUAGAGCACGUCGGAGAGCGCAAGAAUGGCGCCGCCCCCGCCCGUACCGUCCUCGAGCAAGAAGAACCCGAGACAAGAACAGAAGGCCGGCGGCGACCUGGUCGCGCGCGGCGCCUCGCCCGGAGGCUCCACCCGGCGACCGUCGCGCGCGCGUGCUGGCGCUGGUUGAAGCACCCGGCGCACCUCGCCCUGGUCGCGUGGGCGCUCUGCGUGGCGGCGUCCGGCUCCAUGCUAGGGCUCCUCCUCCUGGGAUCCCUCAACGGCGCCUUCCCUCGGAGGUCGGUCCGCAACCGGUGGAUCGAGAUCAACAACCAAGUGCUCAACGCGCUGUUCACGCUCAUGAGCAUCUACCAGCACCCCGCGCUGUUCCACCACGCCGUCCUGCUGCUCCGGUGGCGCCCCGGGGACGCCAAGGUGCUCAGGGAGGCCUACUGCCGGAAGGGCGAUGGCGCGGGCGUCCGGCGCGGCGAGCGGGUUCACAUGUCCGUGGUGGUCGCGCUCCUGCACGCCGCAUGCUUCUCGCAGUACGCCAUGUGCGGGCUCUACUGGGGGUACUCGCGCAGGGCACGUCCGGAUGACGCCCUGACCUCGCUCACCGUGGUCGGCACCGCGACGCCGGCGAUCGCCGGCCUGUACAUGUACUUCAGCCCGCUAGGGAGGAACCGCGGGGGACGGAGCGUGCACCAAGAGCCCAACGAACGUUCAGCAGCCUCCUCCGACGACAACGGUGGGAUUGUCGCGGUUGAGGUGGCGGUCGGCGCGGAAUGGGCCGGCAGUCUUCUCGACGUUGGCGACGACCCGACGGCGUGCUGGCUCUCGUGCCUCUGCACGUUCUGCGUGUUCGGGUGGAACAUGGAGCGUCUGGGCUUUGGGAACGCGCACGUGCACACCGCCAUGUUCGCGCUGCUCUGCUUCGCGCCGCUGUGGGUGCUCAGCGCCGCCGCGCUCAGCAUCCGGGACGACGACGUCAGCUUCGCGGUUGGCGCGACGGGGGUGGUCCUCUGCGCGCUCGGCCUGCUCUACGGCGGGUUCUGGCGCGCGAGGAUGCGGCGGAGGUACGGGCUCCCUUCCACCAACGCGUGCUGCGCCGCCUCGCCAUCGCUCGCUGACUACGGGCAGUGGAUGUUCUGCUGGAGCUGCGCGCUGGCGCAGGAGGUGCGCACCGCCGACAUCCUCCUCGACGUCGAGGCCGGAAGCGUCAACCGCCCAGACUCCGAGGGCCGGCGAGUUGAUGCUGCUGAUGCGCAAACUCUGCAGCCUUUGCCGAGGGAGAGUGGAGUCAAGUCGUUUCAUCAGGGAGGGUCUUCCCAUCUUGCAAAGUCGGAGACAAUCGACACCCACUCUGUUCAGCUGGCGAGUUACUCGACGAGUCGAGGCGACGAGUCGCCAUUGCUGCUGCACGAUCAGGGGAGCAGUGCUUCUUCGGGAGAAAUGACGCCUCCUGUGCCGCCAUCGAUACCAGAAGGAGAACGUCGAUGA